UUUCCACUUGUCAUAACAUUUCAGAAAUUCUUAACAAUGCUUGAUGGAAGUACGGGAAGUUCGUAUUUUGAUAGAUUCAGUGAUAUAAGGGAACUUUCACAAUCUAAAAUUGCAGCUUCAAGGUCAUUUGCUUUGCGUGCUCUUAUAAGAAUGAAAGAGGUCAAUUAUGAAAGAUUCAACUCAGCUUACUGGCCUCAUUUUAAUUGCCAGAUGACCAAGAAGCUUGAUUCAUCUAUGGUUUUUACUGAGAUAAUUUCGCACAUAAAAGGUGGGCUGUUUGCUGGAAGGCUACCUGAUGAUAGACUUAAUCGGGAGGAGUACAUAUUACUAUCUGAGGGACGGGUGUCAUCCAUAAGCAGGGAAAGAAGGGAGAUGAUUUAUGAUAUUUUCCUUGAAUACGAGAAGAAGAAAAUACUGAAUGAUGAGUUUGAUUUGGCUGAUUUUGUCAUUGACCUUCACCGUCGACUAAAAACUGGGUGUUACCAGGGAGAUGAAAUGGAUUUCGUGUAUAUUGAUGAAGUACAGGAUCUCACCGUGAGACAGAUUGGUCUUUUUAAAUAUAUUUGUAGAAAUUUUGCGGAAGGAUUUGUUUUUUCUGGUGAUACUGCGCAAACUAUUGCUGGUGGGGUUGAUUUUAGAUUUCAAGAUGUAAGGUCUUUGUUCUACAACGAAUUUAUUUUGGAUUCAGGAAGUGAUGGCAUGGGAAACGCAAAGCACAUGGAUCAAUCUCGUAUGUCAGAAAUCUAUCAUUUGAACCAGAACUUCCGUACUCAUGCUGGUGUUCUCAACUUGUCAGAGAGUGUGAUUGAAUUUCUUCACAUAUUCUUCCCACACCACAUUGACAAUACAAGUCCCGAAACAAGCCUUAUUUAUGGAGAAGCACCAAUUUGGCUUGAAUCUGCAAAUGAUGAUAACGCAAUUAUAACUAUUUUUGGCAAAAGCGGUGCAAAUGCUGGUAGGAGUACGAGUGGAUUCGGUGCAGAACAAGUUAUUUUGGUGCGUGAUGAUUCUGUGAGGAAGGAAAUUGCUGAGCAUAUUGGAAAACAAGCUCUAGUUCUGACUAUAGCAGAAUGCAAGGGCUUAGAAUUUCAGGAUGUUUUGCUUUACAACUUUUUUGGAACAUCACCUUUGAAUAGCCAAUGGAGAGUUGUUUAUGGGUAUAUGAAGGAAGGAAAUCUUCUCGACUCCAGUGAUGCGAAAUUUCCAAAAUUUAGCAAGGAGAAACACCAAAUUCUCUGCUCUGAACUGAAGCAAUUGUAUGUUGCUAUCACUCGUACUAGGCAGAGAUUGUGGAUCUGUGAGAAUCUAGAUAUGGAUUUUUCGAAGCCUAUGUUUGAUUACUGGAAGAAGUUAUGUCUCGUUCAAGUGAGAGAACUUGAUGAAUCACUUGUACAGGCAAUGCAGGUUACAAGCAGCAAAGAGGAAUGGAGUUCACGCGGUAUCAAGUUACUGGAUGAAGGUAAUUUUGAGAUGGCAACAAUGUGCUUUGAAAAAGCUGGUGAUUUAUUCUUGGAGAAAUUCGCUAAAGCUUCUGGUCUUAGAGCUGCUGGUGUUCACAUGCUUGGUUCUAAUACUGAACUAGCUCGCGUUGCUCUUGUAGAGGCAGCUGAGAUUUAUGAAUCAAUUGGCAAGGCUGAUUUUGCUGCAAAAUGUUUUAUGGAGUUAAAGGAUUUCAAAAGAGCAGGUACGAUUUAUUUGGUAAACUGUGGGGAAUCUAGGCUAGAAGAUGCUAGUGACUGUUUCAGCCUUGCUGGAUGUUGGUCUACUGCAGCUGACGUGUAUUCGAGGUGUAACUGCUUUUCCAAGUGCUUGCUGGUUUGCACGAAUGGCAAUCUCUUUGACACCGGUCUUCAAUUCAUAGAAUGUUGGAAAGAAAGUGCAAGGCUAAACCCUGAUACAGACAAAGGCCAAGAUCUGAUAGAUAUGGAACAAAGUUUUCUGGAGAGAUGUGCCCUUCACUAUCAUCAACAGAAGGAUACUAAUAAUAUGAUGAAGUUUAUCAAAGCCUUUAACUCGUUGGACAUGGUAAGGACUUUUUUAAUGUCUCAUGAUUAUCUUGAUGAGCUCGCCGUCUUUGAAGCUGGGUCUGAAAAAUUUAUGGAAGCUGCCACUGUGGCGAGAUUGAAAGGGGAUCAUCUUCUUGAGGCAGAUAUGUUAGAGAAGGCAGGGCACUUAGUAGACGCGGCAGGGGUCAUUCUGUUUUAUGUUCUUGGAAAUUCUCUUUGGGCAAAUGGAAACAAAGGUUGGCCCUUGAAAACAUUUCCGGGCAAAGAAAAACUUUUGGCAAAAGUUUUGUUGAUGGCAAAAAACAAAGAUGAUCUUUUUUACGCAUUCGUUAUAACAGAGGCAAGCAUAUUAUCAGACACCAAUAUUAGAUUGUCAGAGAUGAUAGACUCUCUUAUUGCUUCACAAAGACUCGGGAGUCUAUGCGGUGAAAUUAUUUCUUUAAGGAAAAUCAUCGAUUACCAUUUAGAUGUAGCACCUUUACAGUACGCUUGGGUAGAUCAUGUGGUUUUGAAUACAGUAGAGCAUGUAGAGUUUUUAAUAUCCCAGAACAAGGUAUCCGUGGAAACAUUGACUUACUUUUGGAAUUUAUGGAAGGAAAAGAUAGUAAACAUAUUAAAUUAUCUCAAUUCUCUUGGAACUCAAGACAAACAAGACUGCAAACGCUAUGAGAAUUUCUGUUUGGGUUACUUAGGUGUAUAUAAGCAGGAACAGAAUCAAAGUUCCAUAUACUUUUUGCUGCACAGUGAUGCCUGUUGGAGAAAAGAAAUUGAGGAUCGAUUUCUUCUGAAGACCAGACACUUAAUUGGCAUUAACGAUCACCAAUUUGCAUCUUCUGCUCGAAGUUAUUGGUUUUCUUCACUACUUAGUCUCUGUAUGCAAGUAUUGGAGAAGCUGGAAAGCCUCGAUAAAAUUAUUGGUACGUUCAAAAGUGGUCAUGUUUCUCACAGGCUUUAUAGUGUUCCUUUCCUACGUGGAAUAACUGCGCUUAACAGUUACCAAGUUGCAAAAUCAGUUAUUGAGUACAAGAUAUUGGACAAAAAACUUCCUGGGGAACUUCUCAAGUGUUUGAAACAUUCGAAGGAGAUUUUUUCUGAGAUAAUAAUUUUGACGGAUACGAAAUAUACAAAGUUCAAAAAUAUGAUGAAUCUGAGACUAACUGAUCUCUCUAAGGAUUUAAUCAAAGAAGUUACCAUUGAAAUCAUGAGCACAAAAGGCAGGUUAAGUUGUGUGGAAUUGUGGAGUGUGGUCUUACAGAUUUUUAUGUGUGGUAACCUAAGCGAAGAACUUUGUCAAGUUAUAAUACAGCGUUCGGAUCUGACUCCAGCCUACAAAACUUUCAUUAAGCAGUUGAAAGAGAGCAAGAUAUCAGGAGCAGUCUCCAUUUCUUUGGCCAGUAGUUUCGGAAAAUCAUUGCAAGAAACUUUUGAAUCCAAAGAGUUUGGUUGCAUGCCAGCUUCCUGGUUUGUUUAUUUUCUAGAACGUCUUCUUUUCUUGGCAUCAUCUUGGCAUGGUUCCUUUUUCACAGUAAAAUCCUCCGUCUGUGAAACAAUUCCCUGGGGGAAUCUAAGAUGCAACUCAAGCUCUUUUUCAGUAGCCGACUCAAAAAAAUUCUCGAGGAGGUCUUUCGAUUUUAUAGCGUCCAUGAUCAAAGAAAUUCUCUCAAGUCAGUUAGAAUGGCUAUGGAAAAUUGAUUCUGACAAUAUGGUUUACUACCCUCGUCUGGUCUUCAAGUUGGUUCUCUUGGUUACUUUAAUUUGUUUGAAUUCUGGAUGUCACUUUGAUUUGCUGUACAGUCUACUUAGUAGAUACGAUAUAGUAACCGUACUGCCGCCUACUUUUGUCAAGAUCCUCAAGAAAAGAGGCAGAAGGCCUUUCGAUAAGUUGCUUGCUGAAUCCCUUGAAACAAUUGGGGAUCCUUCGGUCUGUUUGAGGUCAGGAGAUAUUCAGAGAGAAUAUUUGAGCCACAAUGUCUUAGAGAUAGAUGUGGAUUUAAUUCACUCCGGAGAAGACCUAUGGGGAAUGUUAUAUCCAGAAAAAUCAGAAUGUGACAGAAAUGAUGAAAUGGAGAAUGGAAGUCCGAAUGAUGGAAAUGUUAGUUUCUCAAAUUUUAACCAUGCGAGUUAUACCGAAGGUCCAAUUGAGCCUGAUGAUGAUAUUCCUGAUUACGAUAUAGAAAGGGCAGAAGAACUGGAGACUGAUACCGGAAAUGUCGAUGAGGAGAGUUCCAUUGCUAUAUUUAUGAAUUUAAUCCGAGUUCAUAUGUUUUCCAAAAACACUAUUGGGAGCUUCCACACCUUUCAUACUUACAAACCACAGCUGAAGUUGGAUAUAUGUAUCUGUUACGUAGAAAAUUCUAUUCCAUCUGGUAAAGGUGAAGAAUGGAUAAGGGAAAUGAAGCAGCUCUCUUUUGCAUCAAGUGCCAGCGAUGAAAAACCCAAUAUACAAUACGCACAAAUUCGCAACUGCUUCAAGAAGUUGAUUGCAAGGACCCCAAAAUUGAAAAGAUUACUGAAUGGUUUGUUGCGGAUGAUUAGUAAUGUUAAACCUAUGAGUACGAAAAUCAAGAGUGAAGAAAGGCGAAAGUCCAAGAAGCAUGCUGAGGGAGACACCUCGUUGGGAGUUGCAGCAUUCUCGUGAUAGUAUCCUUUCAUUGGGUUUAUAUGCUGAACUUCCUUUUAUUUUCUUUUUAACUCUUUUAGCGGCUAAAAGUAAAACAUUAUUGAGACCUUUUUCUGGUAGAUUGAAAUAUAUUCUUUAUGAAUGAUUA